AUGAUUCUCGAAAUGGAUCAUGAUGAACAAUCGAAAGAACAAUUUGUUCAAUAUUGUCAUGAUGCAUAUGCUGAUAAUACUGCUCUAUUACGUAUAAUUGAUGAUUUUGAUCACAACUAUUAUUCUUAUUCGCCUAUUUGGUGGUAUACAAAAGAAUCAUUUAUCUAUUCAGUUCUCAAUAGAGCAUUAAGAACGCAAAACAUUGAAAUUGUACUGAAAAUUGGUUUUUUCGUGCAAGCUCGUCAUCGACAAAUUGAACAGUUAUAUUCAGAAAACACGUGA